UGUAGUUCCCGGUUGAGAAGGCCGGGCUAGGAGCUCCGAGGCAGGCGCGCGGAGGGCAGGCCUGGAGGGGGCGGGUCCGCACGGGCCUCCCAGCCGCCCGCCUCGCCGGGGAGAGGUCACGGCGUGAGGCAGCCACCGCGAUCACCGCGAGGUUGGAGCGCCGGGCUGCACUAUGGCCUACUGCCGGCAGGAAGGGAAGGAUCGAAUCAUAUUUGUGACCAAAGAAGACCAUGAAACUCCAAGCAACGCGGAGCUGGUGGCCGAUGACCCCAAUGAUCCAUACGAGGAGCACGGACUGAUCCUGCCCAAUGGAGACAUCAACUGGAACUGCCCGUGCCUUGGGGGAAUGGCCAGCGGCCCAUGUGGGGAACAGUUCAAGUCAGCCUUCUCGUGCUUCCACUACAGCACGGAGGAGGUCAAGGGGUCGGACUGUGUAGACCAGUUCCGGGCCAUGCAGGAGUGCAUGCAGAAGUACCCAGACCUCUACCCCCAGGAGGAGGAGGAGGAGGAGGAGAGGCCGUCGGACCAGUCUGAGGAAACAGCUGCCGCUGAGGCCUCCGCAACCAAAGAGGAGGAGGGGUCGAGCUAAUGAAGGCUGGGCUCGGGCUCGGGGCCCCAGCCUCCUUCAGAGUGACCUGAACCUCUUAGAAAUGCCUUUCAGUCGCUCUCCAGGAAAGUGUCUUUCCCUCUGUUGUUCUGUGCACUGUAAUGUACAAAGUAAUUUAUUGUGCUAAUGGGGUCUUGGCCCCUUACCUGUACACUGAAGAAAUGGGGUUGUGUGUAUGCAGGUGUCACGUGAACCCCUGUGAACCUGUCAGCCAGUUUAGCUUGAAUCCUUUUCUCACAAUGUCCUGGAUUUUGCCAUUUUGAAAUAAUGUAUGCUGAAUAAUCUCAGCAACCAGAAAUCAUUCUGAGAGUGUCUCUUGUGAGUGAGCUGAUUUAUUCUGAUUCAUUGUUUCCCUUUUAGUAGAUGUUAUACCCCAUUGGAAAAUGAAACAGAAACAAAACAUCUUCCUUUAAGAAUGCUGGAGUGGGGCCAUGCCUCACACAAGAGGCGGGAUGGCAGACCUUGAGUGUUUGAGGAAGCAGUGCUUCGUUCCUAAUACAUUUGGUUUCUAGUUUUGCAUUGAGCUCUAUGUUUUCUGUUUUUGGAAAGCAGAGCUUUGGACCCUCUAAAUGAAUCCCUUUGUGAGUGAAGAGGAAGGCUGGGUUUUGCUGUUCUUGUUAUUCCAAAAGCCCUGGUUUGGGGCCUUGUGUUCACACUGGCUGUGCCUCAGCCUGUUCAGAGGCAGUGUUCUUGAGAGGUGGGGACCUAAUUAUUACCAAAGUAGCAGCCAAGAGAGGAAAUGGUGUCAAUUAAAAGAAAAACAUGAUUUUUACCUGA